GAAACACCAACAGACAGAGCGGCACAGCCAGGAGAACAAGACAGGAACAUCUGAGGAUUACAUGUGUUGGUUACCUGGACAGUAAAAGGAAGAGUUACAGACACAGAAGGCAGGAGAAGGUGAGACACAGGAGGACGGGUUCAUCUUACUGAGACACACCUGCUGGAGCUCUGAGACCAUGGACAUCCUGGAGACAGAUGCCUAUGACAGGCGGCAGAGGAGAAAUAUGUCCUGUAGUCUCCUGUUUUCCCUCUUGCCUUUCUUUUUGUCUGCAGCUCUGUACUUCUACCUGUUGACUCCUGAUGCGCCCUCGUCCAUCAUGGCUGCAGGUGUCAAAUCGGCCCCCACACUGCUGCUGGCGGCAGUCGUGCUGAGCUGGAACGGAGGUCGGAGUGUCCUGGGUGUGGUGGGAGGGCUGGUGUUCUCUGCUAUAGGUGACUGGUGCCUGGUGUGGCCGGAGCUUUUCCUGCAUGGAAUGGGUGCGUUUGCCGUGGCUCAUCUUUUCUACUCACUCACCUUCCUCUCCAGUCGUUUCUUGCCAGAGUCCUCCUCUUCUUGUAACCGUUUUCUGUAUCUGAUCCUGUUCCUGACGGGAGGAGGUUUCUACAUCUACCUGUAUCCAUUCCUGCGGAAGGCCCCAGACGCCGAGCUCCUCGUUCCAGGUGUAGGAGCCUACGUCUUCUUAAUCACUCUGAUGGGGGCGUUAGCCAUCAGAACUCGCCACACGGCAGUGCUCAUGGGAAGUUUGAUCUUCAUGGUGUCUGACGUGUCGCUGGCUCUUCAGGUUUUCAAGGCGAUCCCACCAGCGGAGAAUGGUCAACUCGUUGUCAUGGUGACAUAUUAUUUGGCACAGCUGCUGAUCGCUGUUGGGGAUGUAAGGGCAACGAGGAACAAGGAAGAUUUUUCAAAAUGGAAGAGAUCCUAAAGUGGAUCCCUGUGGCAUCCCGGAAGUCUGAAUAUCUCCCUCGGUCCGGUAAACAACUGAAACUACCUGGAAAUGUUUAUGUCUUAAGAGUUUUUAAAUAUUAACAAAUCAAAAUGAAGGCAAAAUGGAAGAUUAGGACAUUUCAGUUUCAAGUGGCUUGCAAGUAAAAAUGUCUCUACAUAACACAUUUCACUUCUUUUUUUUUUGAUACUUGGGUUUUCACAAUGCCAGAAUUUAAAACUUUGAUAUGCAACUGGAAAAAAUUAAAUACUGAUACAACUGGAAUGAAAGUAGACGUCCUAGGCACCUAUUGUUGUAUUAUUUCUCGUUUUCAUUUCGUGUUGUGGUACUUGAAAUCGCUCUUGGUCUCUUUUGAAAGGUUUGCCUCUGAUGACUCUGUCAUCUCCAACACACCUGUCUUUGUUUUUUGUUAUUUUUCUGCUUUAUUAUUAAUAAGCAAACUGUACACAGCGCUCCGCGAGACACAAAUUUAACUUUAGCAUCUUUUACAGACCGCAAAAGGUCUUGAGAAACGUCAGUAUGUGCCGACCUGUGACUUUAAGGGAACCAGCUCUGCUCUCUCUCUUUGGUUAAAUAUUCCACUGAGGUUGUGUCAUUUUUUUUUUUUUUUUAAAAGCUUCAGUUUAUUUUUGAUACUAUCGAUUCGAUCAUGAAAAUCACAGAGAUCGCAACAUACCCAAAACGUUUGACAAAAUGAUCUUUCCAGCGGUCAUAACAUUUUAAAACCAAAAUCUUAAAAAAAAAAUUAAAAAAGAAACUGAAAGCGAUGCAAUAAAUAUUAGUUAAGAAUAUGUAUUUGUAUUGUGUGAUUUAUUACAACAUAUUCCAAUCAGUGGCUUUGCAUUACAUCCAUGUUGAGGUGUAGGUUGUACACGUGGUGACAAUGGUUUCCAUUAAAGGUAUUUCAAUUCUC